GGACUUUUGCUACGAGUAAGUCAAAUUGUUAGAGAGCUCGACGCCGCUUGGCUUGGUAGCUCCCAUUGAUGUUCAACCAAGACACGCAGAUUCCCCUAAUCGAUUUCGGUCCCCUACAAUCCAGACGCUAUGUCAGACAUAUUCCAGCAUAAUGCUUUAGGACAGCUGCAAGGCAAUCUGGUCGAUGGAACUGUGCAAUUUCUUGGAUUGAAGUACGGCUCAUUGAAGAAUCGCUUUGCCCCGUCCGAGCUGGUGACAAGCUAUGAACAACCGAUAAAGGAUUGCACACGCUAUGGACCGCCUCCAGUGUCUCCAGCCGGGGCUAUUCACACCGAGUUUGGGUUCAUCCAGAAGUCGCUGCCUCUGCCAGCAGUUCCAGAGCACUCGGACCUUGAAGGACUUAAUUUGAAUGUCACAGUACCGCAGGGAAAGGAUGGAGUCAUUGAUACGAACGCCAACCUCCCGGUGUAUGUUUUCAUUCACGGUGGAGGUUUUGCAGUGGGCUCGAGCUGGUACCCUCACUACAAUUCGACCCCAUUGGUGAGGCUUUCCACAGAGAUUGGGAAACCGGUCAUCGGCGUAUCGAUCAACUAUCGGCUGGGUGUCCCUGGUUUCUUAACUUCUCGCGAGCUUCGAGAUGCUGGUUAUAAACCUAACAACGGCUACCGUGACCAAAGAACGGCCUUGACGUGGGUCAAAAGGUUCAUCGGUGGGUUCGGAGGAAACCCAGAUGAACUGACUGUGGCCGGUGAAAGUGCAGGUGGCUUGUCCGUCGCGAUGUUGUUGCUUUCGGAAGAACCGCUGAUGAGCCGUUGCCUGACCACUGGUGGUGCCAUGUUGCUCUUCAAGCCAAUCCCCGAGGCUGAAACUGAGGCUACGUACCAGAGUGUUAUCGAAGCCCUUGGACUUGCUGAUAAGUCAUCUGCAGAGCGUAUACAGGGUUUGCUCGAUUUGCCUGUCGAUGAUCUCUGGCAGAAAGUGCCUCCUGGGGCUGCCUUGAUACCUACCCUGGACGGGGAAACUGUACCUGGCACGCCUAGUUUCGAGAUCGUUACUUCUCAAGACGACCACCCAGAAUAUCCAAUUCCUGGCCGAAGAUGGUGUAAGGGAUUAAUGAUCGGUGACUCGCAACUAGAUGCCAAUAUUCUUUGCCAUAUGGGUUUAGAUAAUCUCAAUCCUGGAAUAGCAUCGAAGUUCAUCCGUUCCGUUCGAGAAUCGCUCCGUGAACACCCAGAGGCAGCGGAAGAGCUCUUCAAAGCCUAUGAUCUGUCACCCUCAACUGAUGAUGAUGAGGCGAUGCUUACAAUUCUGAGAUUUGCGUCUGAAAUAGCAUUUUACGCAGCCGCCAUCAGUUUAGCGAAAGGCUGGCCGCAAACAGAAGCAAACAAGGUCUUCCUUUAUCAUUUCAACGAGGGAAUCCCAUGGGAGGGAAGGUUCCAGGGCGAAGCAGGCCACAUCCUGGACGUGGCCUAUUUGUUUCAAAACUACAACGAUCAUUUGACGGACGCACAAAAGGCAGUCGCACGCACCUAUGGAGAGGAUUUCAUAAAAUUUGUUAAUGGCGAAGAUCCGUGGCCGCCUGUGCAAAACGACCAAAUAGGUGCUCGUGUAUAUGGCCCAAGCGACGUCGGACGUACGGCUGAGUACGUUGGAUCUGCUGACCUAGAGAAGACUCGAAGGCACGAUAGGAUACUCAAGCUAGGUGAACUGGCUGGAUUUGAUUCAAUCAAUGCUGCAUUCCACGAUUUCUUCCUAAAAUAA